GUUGGUAUUACCAAAGCAGUUUCCAAAACAUGGACAUUAAAUUUUCCGAAAAACAAUCUUUCGGAAAAAUAAUUAUACGAUACACUGAUCGUGAGCUUAUUUCUUAAUAAUCAUCCACAGUAUCUCUAGGAGAAAUGGGAUCUGUUGGUCAAGAAUCUUAUGAUGGUGAUGGUGUGGAGUCUUCUACUUCUGAGGAUGAGGAAGAUUCAUCUUUAUUGGCACAGUCAGUGGAAGAUGAGCUGGAGAAUUUUAGACAUACAUGGAAGAAGGAACUCGAGAUGUACAAGAAUCACGAGUAUAAAAAGACAAAGGAGUCCUCUCAGGCAGAAGAAGAUACUGAAAUUGUGGCAAAGCGGCUAUUUCUAAACGGUGUUGAAAUGGAACGAUCUGGUCAAUUAUAUGAAGCCAUUCAAUUUUAUAGGCGCGCUGUACAGCUGGUGCCCGAUAUUGAAUUUCGACUUCAUACGCGAACCAAAAAGGUUUCUAAGAAAUCAGAAUCUGAAGAAACGGUUAAAAAUGCUGUUCGUACUGAAGUGUAUGAAGACCAUAGUAGUAGUGGUAAUGAUGAGAAGGAGAUCAAGGACCUGUAUAAUCACAUUCAACGUAAAAUGCUGAAAAGUGCAUCUUUUUGCACACCUGCAAAUGAGCAAAAGGUCGCCCAUAUUUCUGCUUUGCCUCUGGAAAUUUUGUUGUACAUUUUUCGUUGGGUUGUAUCUAGUGACAUAGAUAUGCGAUCCUUGGAGAUGUGUUCCUUCGUAUGCUGUGGUUUUUAUUUGUGUUGUCGAGAUUCGGAAAUAUGGCGCUUGGCUUGUGCAAGGAUAUGGGGUAUUAAUGUCUCCUUGCCUAGAAAUUGUGUAUCAUGGAGACAAAUGUUUAUUGACUCAGCCAAACUGUCGUUUAAUGGCUGUUAUAUUGGCAAAACUACCUACAUUCGAUCAGGGGAAAACAGCUUUCAGGAUCAAUUUUAUCGGCCUUGGCAUAUCGUUGCUUAUUAUCGUUAUUUACGAUUUUUUCCUGAUGGUAUGGUUCUAAUGUUAACCUCUCCCGAUGAACCCCCAACAUGUGUAGGGCAGUUAAAGCACAGAGCGUACAAGAAUCCAACUAUUUUGUCUGGUCACUACAGGCUUAAAGAUGAUAAAGUAACUAUUAUUGUGUAUCGUAAUGAGAAAACGAAGAGUAAUUUUGGAUACAGGCGUCAUAAGAAACGGGAUGUUAUUCAGGACAACCAUCAAGAAACAUUCCAUUUGGAGAUGCAAAUUCAAGAUUAUAAGAAACAGAGGCACAUUCGCCUUGCAUGGACCGGAUACUCUGUGUAUACACGCUAUAAGAAUGGAAUGGAGAAUACUUGUCACUUUGAUGUAAUUGGAAACCGAUUCCCACCUUUAUGGUUUUCGCGAGUUAAAAGUUACACGGCAGAAUCUUACAGUCCACUAUAAUAUGAUUGUUAUAUAUUUGUGAGCACCUGCUAUUAAUGUUACCAAAUACCUCCCUUUUACAUUUUAGGUGUGACUUUUUUUUAAUAUAGUGUACAAAACGUUUAUUUUACUAAAAAUUAAACAUAUUUACUGUUGAAAGUUUAGUUUUAUAAUUACAAAACAUAUUUUAAGAGUAAAAUAAUGGUGCAGUUUUUUAACGAUUUUGAUGACUUAGGUAUAUAAAAUAUGUACAUGUUAAAAUGUUGUUUAUUUAAGAAGAAAGAUAAAUUAUUUUGAAGUCA